AUGACUUGGAGACGAAGAUUAACUAGCUCUCGUCCCACCCCGAAACCUUACACAUGGAAUGGCAGUAACGGAAGCCCUAAAAGUAGCAACAACAACAACAACAACAACAACAACAACAACAACAACGGGGCACCAUCCAUAAGCCACUCUUUGAAUAUAAAUAAUCUUAAUCUUAAGCCUGGGCAGUCGAAAAUCAUCCGACAUACGAUGGUCAUAAGCCAUCAGCCAGUUGGGACAGGUGACAAGUCUCCAAAAGGCAAAAGCAAUCAUAGUGCAACUUCGAAAAGGCAACCACUACACAACCCAUUCCACAGCAUCCGUAACCAAGGACAUCCGAAUCAGGGUAAGGGACAUAACUAUGGAGACAAUGGACAUGGCACAGUGCCAAAUGGACGAAGUGGUUCUGGACACGGAAAUUUCGCAACUCUUCGCUUGCCUGUCGUUAACAUUGAUCACAAUGGAAACAUAUUGUCCGUGAACGAUCCUCACAGCCAUAACAUUGGCGUCCUUGUCAAAGGGAAAGCUGGAGCAGGACAAAACCGUCACAACAACAAUAAUAAUGGACAUGUACUUGGAACUGAUUCCCAUGGGGGGUUGUUAGGCGGACAAGGGCUUAGUUCAGCUGGCGGCAGUCAUGGUGCAGCAGGCCAUGUACUUGGACUUGGUUCUCAUGGCCGGUUGAAUGGCGGGCACGGGCUUAGUGCAGUUAGCGGCAAUCAUGGUGGUACAGGACAUGUACUUGGACUUAACUCUCAUGGAGGAUUAAUUGGAGAACAUUGGCUUGGUGCAGCUGGAGUACAUGCUGUUGAUGUGGUUGUAGCGGAUAUCUAUCCUAUUCAUUCCUCGGCAGGAGUAAACGGGGCACAUUUGAAAGCUAAUAACGGUCGCCAUGGAGCUGGAGAUAUGCAUUCGAAUGUCGGUAAAAGUACAAGUGGUAGUCUAAACGGAAACAUUGGCGUACACGUAUCCGGAACCGUUAUUCCUAGCAUGGCUGAAGUAGUUCCCAUGCCAACAACGGCUGGAGGUACCGGACAUUCAAGCACUAGGCAAAAUAAUGGACACACAUAUUACGAAAUGCAUUUAUCGAACGGGCAGCGUGUAUUGUACGCAGUUAGGGACAAUAACAAGAACAAUGCCAAUAGCAGUGUUAAAAGCGCGGGUAAAACUCAAGGGGGUUCUGGUUCAAAAGUAAGUACCACAUCGGUAUACCAAACUACAGAAGAGCCUCCGGAGGGUGCUACUGGACCUGGCGGCAUCGAUGUCGAAGAAAUGGGCGUUUAA